AUGGUCUGGCGAGCCAAGGAAGUUCGACAUUGCACCUUGUACUCGGCAAAUAAUUCGGCCUACGACCAAAUUGGGAUGUCACUCCAAAUCAACAAAAAGACGGCAAAAACAGCCCACGACAUAAAAUCAGGCAGCAUUUACGAAAGACCCGCCUUCAAAGAUGUGCUGAAAGACAAACUUUAUAUUGUCGUAAGAGUGUUAUACAGCGAGCAACUACCCAGGGGCCUCUAA